GAUUAUACUGGGAAUCAUGAACAUCAAUGAUUUUGUAAUACUCCCAGGCUCAAAAACUGGAACCUCGGUGAGAUUAAAAGCAAAAACUGUCAGAGAAUUGCAGUUGGAGAAAGUGCAGUUAGAAGCAGAAAACAGAGAGAUGGAGAAGAAAUUACGGCAACUACAGUCAAACAUGAGUAGAGAAAAAGAAGAGAGAAAGAAAUCAAGUGCUUAUCACUGGCGAUCUGGACAGGCAGGACCAGUGGCCAUCCAAGCCCGAGUUUUGUCACAAAGCAAAGCAAACAAUAAUAAGGUUUCUUCAGGAAAAGUGAAGUUGCAAAUACUCAAAGGACAGAGUCAAGAGCCAGUGAAACAACCACUUAAGCGUGAAAUGGCAAAUGCUGUAGCUCAUGAAAAAUCUGUAGUGAAGGGGAUAGCAUGUGGACUGUGUGAAAUUAAGAGUGCGCUGCCGACAGAAGCCGAUAUACAUGUUGGAAAACUGGAAGUCGUUGAUCACUUCAUCGAGGAAGUAAAUCUGAAUGAAUCAGAAAUUAAUCAUGCACAGAAGAAAGUAAAUAGCAAGCAGCAGAUCGCAUCAGACAAGCUGUCGUCUCGCCUGGUGUCAGUAGGCAGUGCUGAGGAACUGUCCUCAGAGUCAACCUGUUCAGGCCUUGAAAAUCAGGAUAAAGGAUUAUUACUAAAUGGUAUAUUUAAUGAGGAGGAAUCGGCAAGGUCUUCUGAGGAAGCUUUGCUUCAAUGGAGAAAAGAAUCUGUAGGAAUUGGUGAGGUACAGACCAAUCUUACUGUUACGAAGGAACCUAUCCAAAUUGAAUUCAAGAAGGAUGGCCUGAGCUACAUGGAGAAACUCUUGCUUAAGAAAUACAGAAGAACUCCUGUUGAUCAAAUGUUUGGUAGUUGCAUUAAAGACUUAAGGCCUGUGCAAACACCAACCAUACAUCAGCCUGCGAUUGGAGGAGGGGGAGAAGGAGAUGAUGAUGUCAAUGACUUAACAGUUGAAGAGGUGAAGAGAUAUUGGACAUCUGUUUUUAGAGAAGUACCUGACACUAUUUCUGAAAGUGCAGAGUCCUCUUUGACAAUUGAGUUUCUGGAUGAUUCUUACAGCAAGGACUUGGAAGAAUCAUCUGACUUUUUGGUGAUGGAAGCUGGGGCUGUGGGAAUGAAUAAGCAAGGAAAAACUGAACCACUCGAGCAGUGCAAAAGAAAUCCUGUUGCUUCUAAAGAAAUUUCCCAAGAAAAAAAAGUUGUCUGCAGUCUUGAAAGAAAUGCAGUGCAAAAGGAGAGUAUUAAACUGAAGACUAUGAGAAGAUCACUUAGCUCCUGUAAACAACCUGUGAAGAUUUCUAACCCUACUGAGCUAAUGAGCAACAAAUGCCUCCUUGAGACUCAGCUGCAGAAAACCAAUAAAGAUUCACAAGAACUGGACAGUGUCUGCGACAGUCAGAGUUUGGUUUUGCCUGUAAUUACAAAGUCUUCAUUGUUACAGGAUGUAGUCAAGAGACAGAAAUCUGUUCGUACAUGGUAUUGGGGACUUGAAGGUUUCUUUGUUGUAGGUGCAAACCCUAAACAAGUAAUGCUUGAAGCAGGUUCUUCACUGUGUGCUGACUCCAGCCCCGUGGACAGUAGUAUCCCAUUUCCAGGCGAUGGAAAGUGGGUUACUGAAAGGAGCGUAAGUGAAUACGCUGAUGACUCUGUAGUUCAAGGUGUCUUAGAAGGUCAGCUGAAGAGACCUUCAAGUGGUUUGGAGACUCAAAAUAGAAUUCCUCGCCUGAUGGUAGCGUGGAGGUUGUACCCAGGGAGUGAUUCUAGAAGACCUUGGUCAACAAAUACGCUACAGUGUAAACUGACUGGAAGUUGCCCAGCAAACACACAGCCAACAUCAAAGAGUUCAUCUGUGCAUAUGUUGGGAGUUGAUACUGAGAUCUCAAAACAAAAGUGCCUUGAUGUAACUGAAGAUGAUGAAAAUCUUUGGGAAUAUAUUGCUGACCAAGAAGCCCUACUUGCUCUGGAAAAAGAAUUACAAAGUUAUACAGGUACUGAAAAAUGUUGCAGUGUAAUUUCUGAAGACGUAACCUCCUCCAGAAGACACUCAGAUAAGAUAUGUGGAAAUAAUACAGAUUUCCAUAAAAACCUGGAGCUAAAAGGCCACAGCAAAGUUGAUACUAUUAGGGACUGGGAUGAAAGCCAAAUGGAUGAUGAGGAAGAACUUCUGGAGGAUAAGCAACAGGUUCUUGCAUUACAGUGAGCGUGCAAAGCGCUUAAUGCAAUUUCUGUCUGUGUAUCAUACAAAACCAAGAAGCAGACGAAGAGGUGUCUUGAGUUUUGCUCACUAUAUUACCUAUUAAGGAUUAUUUUGUAAAACUGUCAAUAAAAAUUCUUAAAUCCCUUGGGUUUGGCUUUUUUUAUUAGUAUGAAGAAGUAACAGAAUAAAAGAAAACUGGACUUGUGCUAUUAUUUUUUAGGUUUUUUUAAUUCAUUAAUUUUUAUUCAGUGUAAGGUUCCUUGCCCGCAGAUUACAUUUAAUGUCUCCAAAUGCAGUUUGACAUCGCUAAGCUGAGAGGUGAUGUGCAAGAGGGUAUUAAUGGAAUGUUCUUAAAGGGGGGGUGUCUCAAUGUGGCCAAGUUCAUAGGGUGAGAUGCAUAGCAGUAAGUGUAAUAGGACUGGUACCCUUUGCUCUUUAUCAUAUAUUUUACCACUAAGGGGCUUUCACCCUGCAGAAUAGAAGUUACAGGUUUACAAGGUAUAUUUUACUUCUCCUGCUACACUCCUUUCUUCUUAAUUUCAGCAGGUAGCAUACACUAGCAGUAAACCUGGCUGCCUCUGCUCAACAUUAAUGGGAAGUCAGUUUUCUUUCUGCACUGUAUUGCUUUCACUCUUCCAGCGUGCCACUUUGGAGCGAUCUGUGUUCAGCAUACCAAAUUCAGCUGUACUUGCCGUCUUACAGGCCUCUCAGGAUUAAGAGAAGAAGGAGGAAAUACAGUUAAAAGAUGAUCCUGGGUGGUUUUGAUUUCACCAAACUAUUUAAAUUUCUCUAUCUGAUCAUGAGAAGUCCUCAACUCUACUUUGGAACUUCUUGCAUCUGUGUUGUAUAAAAAGGUUUCUUCUUCCUCGCCUUCCCAGUUAAUGUAAGGUUAAAUUUAGUUAAUAUAAAUUCAGUAAAAGGUCACUUGGCUCUUACAUGCUGACACGGUACUUCAAUGUAAACAGGGUUUGUGGCUUUCUGCUUUCUUUUUGAGGUGAUGCAUAGUUGUACUCAGUAGCUGAGUAGUUUUCUGUGGAUUUGAAAUGAUCUGACUGGUGUCUUUUGCUAAAAUCUUCAGGAUUCUCAGACACAGCAGCAUGCUUCAGAUUCCCUUAAAGUUUUUUUCGUUCAUUGUGUUCCGUGUAAAUGUGGUGGACGCUUGUUUCCUCCUUUCACUAGUUUCCUCUACUGUGUUUAAGAUGCUUUUCAAAGCAUUUUAAAAGCUCCCCCCUACUGAGUUUUGAUUAAAAAAAAAAAAAAAGGCAUCAAACUGCUGUCAUAAACGCUUCUGUUGGGGAAUUUUGGAAGUGGGAUUAAUUAAAAGCUUUUGUCUGACAGCUAUUUGUAUCCAUUUCUGGGUAAAUCACCUAACAGGACUCUACUGGUAAUUGUUCACAGAAAUUUUCCUAUAGAGGAGAAGCUUUAUAUCCCACUUUACAUCUUCCAUCUAUGUUCCACAGUUCUCUCGUAACCGCUUUAAAUGAGUUUAUGGAAGAUGAAAUUCAGAGAGCAACACUGUGUGUGCUUUUGACCUCGUUGUUAUCCAUUUUAUAUCUAAUGAAAGGAUUAUGUGUCUACUUCAGUCAUUUUUCACCCCAGCAACAGCGCUCAGUAAGUUAUGAAACUGUGUGUCAGGUGCCU